AUGGCAGGUCUCAGAGGUGUCAUGUUGCUGAUAUGGGCUGUAAACGCUCCGGUCCUGGGGUUCAUUGAUCCAACGGACAUAAAUCAGAUUAAACCCACAAAACUCCCUGCAAAGAUAGAAGCAGAGUUACCUCCAGGCUUUAAAGAUCUCAGUGUUGAGUACAAAUGUUCAGGAAUGAACAAUGACUUUGUUGACCCGUCUGACAUGAAGCCGUUUACAGACUACAGCUGUACUGGUGACAUCAAGAUGAACAACGUCUCCAUUAAUAAAGCGACUAAACCUGUAAAGUUCAACAUUUACUGUGAUUUUACAGUAAACAACCUGCAGACCAGUUCAACCAAUACUUCCAUUGAGCUGAACUGGGAAAUGAUGAGUGAUAAAUGUCAAGAUGUUCUUAAUGAACUGGAUGAUCUCUAUUAUCACUGCAGCUGUCAGCAAGAUGAGCGAGGUUAUGGAAGAGGAUAUGAUAUAAUUGGAGAAAAAAGGAUUAAUCAACAUGAAGGAAGAACGUGUGUCUUCACCAGAGGAAUUAAACCAUUCAGGGAUUACAGCUGUAACGUCCAUCACAUCUAUACUGGACAAMGUCCUUUCAGGGAAACAACAGUUACAGGGAGAACUAAGUCUGGAAUACCAGAACCACCUUAUUACAUUUUCGGGUCAUAUCCACAAAACAAGAUCCAAGUGACGUGUUUGUUUGAUCCCGUUUAUUUUAAUGGACCAGAGAGUAUAUUCAUUGCACAACUUCAAGGUGAUGCUGGCAGCAGGAAGAAUAACACAGAAUGUCAAUUUGAAUUCAAAGAUCUGAAUAACUUAACAUCCUACACAGUGGAGAUGUUUACAUUCAAYGGAGAUUUUAUCAGCUCACCUGAGAGACGAGUUUACACCAGAUGUACGAAUUGUUCGUUGUCUCACCCAGUCAACAGCAAAGCCCUCAUUGGCAGUUUGCUCUUCCCCAUUAUCUUCAUCAUCCUCUGUUCCUACAGUGUCAGGGCGAUCCGGUUUGGAUUCCAGUUUAAAAUGACCAGUUUCCCCACUGGUCGCUACACGAUAAGCGUUGAUGAACAAGACGUCACAAACAGCCCCUGCAGCCCAGGAUACGUCUGCUACCACAGCGGCUGGAACAUCAACUCCUCGGUUUCUGCACCAAACCAAACCGAACRGUUCAGAAACGGGACCUUUGGUUUCAAACUGGCUGAAGGCGACAUCUGCUCAGACUUCACUGUCAGUUUCUACCAAGAAAACUGCAACAACUCCUCCUUUAACCUGACCCGAUACAUUCCUGCUGAUUACAUAAAUCCAAAUGAGAUGAAUCAGACUCAACACAACCGCCUUCCUGCAGAAAUAGAAACAAAACGGCCUCCAAACUGUAAGAACCUCAGCAUUGAGUUCACCUGCUCAGAAAGUGGAAAAGUCGGAGACUCCAUUCAGCUCUCUAAUUUGGAGCCGUUUACAGAUUACAGCUGCACGGGUCUGAUCAAAAACAACAACGUGUCCAUCAACAAGAAAACUCCAGCUGUCCAGCUCAACAUCAACUGUGACAAUGACAAAGCUCUUAAUGGCGUUUUGAUCUUCAUCCUCAUCAGUCUCAUCAUCAUACUCGUAACGCUGCGUGUGGCGCUCUUCAUCAAAAAGCAAAAGAAAUCAAAACGGUAA